CACGUCUUAACCUUCCCUAUACCAACAACGGCCUCAAUUUUCUGGAAUACCCUGAAGGGGUUAUAUAUAAGAGUGUAAACGGCCUAAACUGUUAGCAAAAGACGGAAAUUGUUAAUAUUUUGAAAUCAAACUGCUUUUUUACGAUACUUACUUCUUGUGACCAACGAAAACAAUUAAGUAUUUUUAUUAGAUCGUUCUUUCGACAGACAUAAAGAAAAGCUUAUCAUCAUGACUGAAAACCUAAUUCAAAAACUUGAGAAUACGACCUUAAAUGAACAGGAUUGGAAAGCUCAAUUACAAGCCAACAAUAUUGACAAAAGACCCAAGACUGAGGAUGUCACUAAAACUAGAGGUACCGAAUUUGAAGAUUAUUAUUUAAAGCGUGAGCUUUUAAUGGGUAUUUUCGAAGCAGGCUUCGAACGCCCUUCCCCUAUUCAAGAAGAAUCCAUACCUAUUGCUCUUAGUGGGCGUGAUAUUCUCGCUAGAGCUAAGAAUGGUACCGGUAAAACUGCUGCCUUCGUUAUUCCCUCUUUGGAAAAGGUUGAUACCAAAAAAAACAAGAUUCAAACUUUAAUCCUUGUUCCUACUCGUGAGUUGGCUCUUCAGACUUCUCAGGUUUGUAAAAAUUUGGGCAAGCAUAUGAAUGCGAAGGUUAUGGUUACUACUGGUGGUACGACUCUCCGAGAUGAUAUUUUACGUUUGAACGACCCUGUCCAUAUCGUCGUUGGUACUCCUGGCCGUGUACUUGAUUUAGCCGGAAAAGGAGUAGCCGACUUCAGUGAAUGUAUGACCUUUGUAAUGGAUGAAGCCGACAAAUUAUUAAGCCCUGAAUUUACCCCUAUUAUUGAGCAGCUACUAUCUUACUUCCCUAAAAACCGUCAAAUUUCUUUAUACAGUGCCACCUUUCCCUUGAUAGUUAAAGCCUUCAUGGACAAGCAUCUCAACAAGCCAUAUGAAAUUAAUUUGAUGGAUGAACUUACUUUGCGAGGUAUUACUCAGUACUAUGCAUUCGUCGAUGAAAGUCAGAAGGUACAUUGUCUUAAUACUUUGUUCUCCAAGCUCCAAAUUAAUCAGUCGAUUAUCUUCUGCAACUCUACCAACCGUGUUGAGUUGCUUGCUAAAAAAAUUACUGAGUUGGGAUAUUCCUGCUUCUACUCUCAUGCUAAAAUGCUUCAAUCCCACCGUAACCGAGUUUUCCAUAAUUUUAGAAAUGGUGUUUGUAGAAACUUGGUUUGCUCUGAUUUGUUGACCCGUGGUAUUGAUAUUCAAGCUGUAAAUGUUGUUGUUAAUUUUGAUUUUCCCAAGAAUGCCGAGACCUAUCUUCACCGUAUUGGUCGUUCUGGUCGUUUUGGACACCGUGGUCUCGCUAUCAGUUUUAUCUCUUGGGCUGAUCGUUUCAAUUUGUACCGCAUUGAAAACGAGCUAGGCACUGAGAUCCAACCUAUUCCUUCUAGCAUUGAUCCUUCUUUGUAUGUGUUCCCCAAUGGAAAUUACCAGGUUCCCCGUCCUUUAACUGGUACUGCUGAACAAACUCUUGCUGCUCAGCAAGCUAGAGGACAAGAAUACAAUAAUAAUCGCAACAAUAAUCGCAAUCAUUCUGGACGUGGUAAUGGUGGUGGGUACCGCGGUGGUUAUGGUGCCAGACGCAACCCUAGAUAUGGAGGUCCCAACCCGAAGUCUUUAUCAUAAAACUACGAAUCUCUACCUGUAGAAGAUCCUUAUGAUAUGAUAAAAAAUACAGUCUUUUGGACUCUGUCACCUUACAAAGAAGAUAAUCAUAUCAUUCCGUUUUUUGAUUUAUUUGAAGACUUAAAUUGGGUGUACGUAGUUUAGGUGAAAGCCACCGGUUUGUGAAUAAGGAGUCAAAAGUUAAUAGUCUUCUUGUUUCUACGAUGAUGACCUUUAACUCUUGACUCCAAAAAAUUUUGAAUGAUGUAAUCAAUUACAACUAAAUAAGUGUACAGUUAUGUUCAUCUAUUAUAUUGUGGUCAUGGCUUGUUAAGUUAAAAAUCGAGAGCUGAAUCUAUGUUCAUGGCAAUUUUCAAUUCCUCGGUUGAUAAAGGCCACACGUAUCCAACUAUAGGCUGAACCCUUUGAGUGAAUUGUUGAAACGAUUGAAUAAAUGUUUUUGCUGUUCUUUUCAUCACCUGUUCCAUUAUUAGUGGAGCUGUAAGAAGUUGAAGAUCCGCGAUUAUUUCUGAGAUGGUUAUAGUAACAAAAGAAUUGAAUCUUGAGACAUGUUCAUCCCAAGGGGCAGAUGAAAUAGCAUUUAGUUCUUCCUUAUCGUCCUUGUCCUUUAUAAAGUUGAUGAUAUCCGAAAGACCAGAUUCAGUUAGAUAAGUCUGAUAUAUCAAUUCUACCAGCUUUUCAACAUAUUCAUUUUCUUUGUUUUCAAAGCUUUCUCGUAUAGGAGCGAGGAAUUUGUAGCGCCUUAGGUAAGUAAGACAGCUGUCUAAAAUGUUCAGU